UCGUGCAAUGGCGGCUUCCUGGGCUGCUGGUGGCGGCGUGAGUGUGACCCUGGGCUGGGGGUGGCGUCGCCUCCAGUUGCUCCUGGGAACUGCCGGGCGAUUUCAGUUUAGGGGCUUUCGUACUACAGUGGCUUUUCAAACUGAAGAUAAGAGCUGCACAGCAGAAGUAGUCAAUGUAGUGUUCAUAGAUCGUUGUGGGCAAAAAAUCCCAGUGCAAGGCAAAGUUGGGGAUGAUGUGCUGCGCUUGGCUCAGAGAAAUGGCAUUGAACUAGAAGGUGCUUGUGAAGCUUCCUUAGCUUGCUCUACCUGUCAUGUUUAUGUAAGCCAUGAUUUUCUGGAUAAGCUUCCCACGCCUGAUGAACGGGAGGAGGAUAUGUUGGAUAUGGCACCGCUGCUUCAGGAGAACUCUCGACUGGGCUGUCAAAUUGUCCUUAGCAAAGAACUGGAAGGAGCAGCGUUCACCCUUCCCAAAAUCACCAGGAACUUUUAUGUGGAUGGGCAUGUCCCCAAACCUCAUUGAGAACUUCAGACUCCAUGGCUGGAUGUGUCUCCAUUGUUAAGAUGACAAAGGCUACAGAGAGCACAGUGGGAUUGUGGCCAAAGAAAGAAAAAGGAGGAAAUGGCUCAAAGACUAAGAAGAUGGGGCUAUGGAAGGAACUGAGCAAAAUGAGUGAGACUCAAACAUUUGGCAACUAUCUCAUCUGCUUAUACCUCCUUCAGAAAUCCAAAGAUGGAUUAAUCUUAGCCUCAUCCAUGGCACAGAGGGGCGCUGGGAGAAGGGUAGUUCCAUACCUAACAGUUCUAUCCUCACAUCCUGGAGAAAACCAAAACAUUUCAUGGAGAGGCAAGAUGUUCCUAUGCAGUAGCCACUGUGUUUUAGCAGAGGAAUACAAAGUUUUAUGUAUUGUUAAUUGCAUGAAGAAGGGAAAAAUAUAAUUCCCAUAAACACAUUCUCUAUACACUUUACAGUGUAUUCGUUUUCUCUUGUUUUUCCAGCACUGUUUGGAUCUAUACUGGCACUUCUUGUCUGCGUUUAACCAUCAAACAGUAUAUUGGAUAUUUGGUUAUCUGUAGAAUCAAAAAAACAAAACAAAAAAAUGGCUUCUUCCAUUAAAGAUGAGGCUUCUGCUAA